GGCCCAUCUUCACCCACGUGUGGGUCCCUGAGGCACGGGCUAUCGAGGUGUGGGUGCCCGAGGGUCCUGCUCUCAUGGUGCGGCUGUGCCACCAACUGGCCUUGGAGUGUGAGGAGCUGCCCCAUCCCUCCGUGUUGCAGGUGCUGGUGCCAGGUGGCCACCGUGUCUCACUGCCAUAUGAGUUCCUGGUGCCUUGCCUGUGUGUCGAGGCCUCCUACCCCCACCAUGACAGCCCACGGAGCAAGGACUGCCCCUUCCUUGACCAGCCAGCUGCCUAUGGCCCUGAGCUGUGGUCCUCAGUGCGCUUCCAUGACUACAGUGCCAGCAGCAAGGACCAGAUGGCAAUGGCACUGAGUGCCAGCUGCCCCCUGCACCCACGGGCCACCCUGUGCUGGAGGGAGGUGGCAGAUGAUGCUGCGCCCUGCCACGACAUCCCCAAUUCCACAGCCAGUGAGGAGGAGCAGGUGUACACACUGGACAAGGUGGACAUGCAUCCUCAGCUCUGCUUCCGAUUCUCCUACGAGAACAGCAGCCAUGUGGAGUGUCCCCACCGGCCAGAGACUGCCUGGAACGUCUCAGUGAGCAUCUGGGGGCUGCAGCUGCGCCUGCACCUCACCUCUCGCAUCCCUGCGGCCUUCAGCGCAGCCCUGUGCCAGCGCCGGGGUGGGCAGUGCGAGCCCGAGGCUCCUGUCUACACUGUCACACAG